AUGACAUCGGGGGAUUUCAGUGGCGAAUCUGCGUCAACCCGGUAUCGGAGCAGCAGGUCAUCCCCCGAAGUUGAGCUCCACCGAUUCGGUGGGAGUAUUGUCAAUUCAGUGACCAUCCAUCGCUUCUAUGGUGCCAGUGAGGAUUUAGCGGAUGAAGAUGUCGUGGUGCUGAGCAAUAAUGAUCGGACAGUCACGGUAUAUUCCCUGACUCGCGAGAAAGUCUUGAAGGUCCUUCAUCAUUCCACUUGUAUGAACUAUGCGACGAUUUCCCCUGACUCUAAACUGCUCACAGCAGUAGGGGAUGAGAAUCACGCCUACUUUUAUGAAAUUACUCGCGAUUUGGAAUCUUCUGGGACAACCGAAUUCGGUGCGAAGCUCACGGGGUGGGAAUGGGAGCUUAUCAAUCGUCUGGAGAUGAAUCUUGGCCUGCGGGCGGAAGAUGCGUGCUGCUUCACCGUUGCUUUCUCGCCAUCCAGCCGCUUGUGUGCCAUCGGAUCCCAAUCUGGCAUCAUCACAAUUAUCGACGUCGAGACCAUCUACAAGAACUUUGGUGAUUUCGAUGACGACUCCGCUGUUCUUUGUCAAUUCUCGGCGUCAAGAUCAUGCGCCGAAGGUGGUGCCGUUCGUUGCAUGGCUUUUUCGCCCGAGCCGUGGGACCUUCUUGUUUGGCUGGAGGCCCAUGGCAGAGCCGGUGUGGUCGACGUUCGCCAACAUUUUAUGCGCAGGCAAAUUCUCCAUUUAGAUUCCGAUGAUCCGCAACUGCAGGAAGUGUACACGGACUUUUCGACAGAGAAUCUCGAACGGAACCCAAUGGGAGAUGAUCUUCUGGAGACGCCACCACGAGUGAGACUCGACCACGAAGAUUUUUCGAUUGGACGGAACGGAGAGCAAACGGAGCGUUCGUCCCUGCGAGAGUCCUUAAUUCAAGAUCUCACCGAGAGAGAAAGGUUGAUUAUGGAGUUUUUAAACACGGCACGCUGGACCUCGCGGCUGGAAGAAGGACUCACUGAACGACCAGAACGCUCGGCUAGGGCAAGCAAUCAACCUCAACUAGUGGCUUGGUCGCAAAAUCAGGGUUCCACAGAUGGUACCAUUCACUCUAAUCGUCCUACUUCACCCCUGCAUCGCUACGAUCCUUCUGAUGUCUCCCGAGAUCGCCAACUGGGUCGCACUGCGUCCAAUCCAAGAAGCCAGAGCUCGGUGGUGGUAUCUCAAGGGAGCCGAUCUUCGGAAGCGAUGUCCUCCCAUGAUCGCCAAUCGGGUAUCACCCUAAGUUAUUCCACCUCACAUUCAGACCUUGCACCGCCCAGGUCAGAAGUAAUAUCUCAGAGUGGUGCCGACCCUGAAGCGGCCAACAACGAAGCUAGCAUUUUAAGUGAAGCGAUUGAACCUUCUAAUCGAAGCCUAGACAUCCAUAGUCUGAACCAUCGAUCUCGGCAAUCAAGCUCCAUUCCCCAACGCAUCGAACGACUACAAACCGGAACGGAACGAAGACAUGAUAAUUCACGCCUCACCACAUAUGAGAUUCGUGCGAAUGUCGUUGCUGAAAGACUUCGGCGUCAGCGCCAGAUUGCCAAUGAGGUACACAACCGCUCAUUUGAAAGGGAACAGCGGCAUCGCCAACAGCUUCUCGGGUUUGAGCAGACACACUCCCCCCGCUGGAUCAGAAACAUCAUCAAUGACCUUCCCGAUCGAAAUUUAACGAGUGGCUGCGGCGCCGAGGAGCCAGAUUCUACUGCUGGAGUUGGCUGGGGCGCAGAUGGACGCACAUUGUGA